AUGUUAGGUUCAUCGUAUGUCCAGAGAGUUGCCAUCGACUCGGAAGAUAUUGGGUUACGAGCAGGCUACAUGGACAAGAAUAACCAUGUUUGGUUAAAGAUCUUCGUGGUGUUCACUCUGUCCUUCUUCAUUAAGCGCGUUUACAGUAAGAGCAAACAAAAGACAGUGUCACUGAGAGAUAAAAGUUCAACACAUGUCACAACUCAUAAGCGAUACAAGCGUAAGAUUAAGAUCGUCAAGGACAAUUGGUUUUUGUUUCUGUAUAGGACGUUACCUUUGAACUUUAUUUCGAGACUUUGGGGAAAUUUCAAUGACUUGACUUUACCUAUGUGGUUUAGACCGUAUGGUUAUAGAUUCUAUUGUUAUCUGUAUACUGUCGAUGUCAGUGAGAUUCUAGACAAGAAUUUCUACCACUACCCGAAUCUGGGCUCAUUCUUCUACAGAAACAUAGAUCCAAAAGCAAGACCAAUUGUUCCAGGCGAUAAUGUCAUUACAUCUCCCAGUGAUGGGACAAUACUGAAUUUUGGUACCAUUGAUCCCGAAACAGGAGAGAUCGAACAAGUCAAGGGGCUCACAUAUUCCAUCAGAGAGUUUUUAGGAACCCAUGAACAUCCUCUUAUGACAAAGAGCGAAUCACAUUUGGAUUUACUAAAACAAAAAUGGAAACAAUCUCAAGAAAACAGCACACAUUCAUUCAGCAACCUACUUAUCAACGAAGGUGAUAAAUCUGCAUUAGUCUAUGAAACAAACAACUCCAAAAUCCAGAAACUGUUGAGCGAGUUGACAGCAAUGGAUACACCGUCCGUUUAUAACCAUAAUAACAUUCAAAUUAAUCAUAAAAAUCAACUGUAUUUCACUGUCAUAUACUUGGGCCCAGGUGACUAUCAUCAUUUCCAUUCGCCAAUUAACUGGGUCUGUAAGAUACGUAGACAUUUCCCAGGUAAAUUGUUCUCUGUCGCACCAUAUUUCCAAAGGCAUUUUAAGAGUUUAUUUGUUCUUAAUGAGAGAGUACCUUUAUUAGGAUAUUGGAAAUAUGGGUUUUUUAGCAUGACCGCUGUCGGAGCCACUAACGUGGGUUCCAUCAAGUUAAAUUUUGAUAAAGAUCUAAGAACUAAUGUCAAACAACCUAAGUCAAAAGAAUGUAAGCACAACAAGAACUCAUGUUACGAAGCAGUCUACGUGAACACAAACGAAAAACUAAAAGGUGUUCCCUUAUUAAAAGGUGAAGAAAUGGGUGGUUUCAAAUUUGGAAGCACUGUUGUCCUCUGUUUCGAAGCACCUUUCGACUUCAAAUACAAUAUCAAAUGUGGACAAAAAAUCAAGUUAGGUGAAAAAAUCGGUACCGUGCCAUAA